CGGGUUGCACUCAAAGUGCACACAGGUCUCCUCAGCAGCAGAUUGAGAAAUUAAAGUAGGCUAACCAGGAAACAUGGUGACUGUUGGCCUCGUGCAAUAAAUCGCUUUAUUUUACUGUUGGUCAGGGUGUUUUUGUGCUAUUCCAGUCCAAAGACCAGGGUUGACAAGACGUUUCUGGAAUGAGUAAAACUUUUUAGGAUCCAAUCCAUGAUGUGAAAUUCGUUCUAACCGAAGUGGAAUAUUAACGCCAAAAGGGACGGCUAACAUUUUAUUUGAUCACAACAUGGUUUAGUAUGAUAAACCAGUGAGUAUUCACAAUGGACAUUCUAGGUAGGCGCUUGUGGUGUUGUCCGACUGUUUUCCCGUGUUUUAAUAAACCGCCGUCAGAAUCAGAGCCGGGGAAGGAAAACAGUGAAAUCGUGGUGAUCAAAAACAUUCAUGCGGAGCAUCCCACCGACAGGGCUUUGCCACCAAUACCCCUUGGGAGACCUGGCUACGUUUAUAUCGCCCUCUAUGAUUAUGCUGCGCGAACCGUGGAGGACUUGAGUUUCAAUGCUGGGGACAAGUUAGACGCUCUAGACAAAGGUGCUGGUGAUUGGUGGUAUGCAAAAGCACUCACUGGACUUUCAGUUGCCAAGAAGGGUUACAUUCCAGCCAAUUAUGUGGCGCCGGUGGAGAGCCUGGAUGCGGAGCCGUGGUACUUUGCAGACACCAAGAGAGUGGAUGCUGAGAAGCUGCUUCUGUCUGAGGGGAACCAGCAUGGAUCCUUUCUCAUCAGACACUGUGAGAGUCAGAAAGGAGAGCUCUCACUCUCAGUACUGGACCAGUGCAAAGUGAAGCACUACAAAGUAAGGAAGAUGGACUCUGGAGGCUACUACGUGUCGACGUCCAAGAACUUCCUAACUCUGAGGGAGUUGGUGGAACACUACUCAAAACAGGAGGAUGGUCUCUGUGUACGGCUGCUUGAACCAUGUAAAAAGAUGGAGGCGCCUCAGACCCAUGGUCUGUCCUACAACACUGCCGACCACUGGGAGAUAGACCGGACGUCUGUCAAACUGCUGAAUAAACUGGGCGCUGGGCAAUUUGGAGAGGUUCAUGAAGGCCUCUGGAACGACACCACUGCAGUAGCAGUGAAGACCCUCAAACCUGGCACCAUGGACGCUAAGGACUUCCUACAGGAGGCCCAUAUCAUGAAGACACUGCGGCACCCCAAACUGAUCCAGCUCUACGCUGUGUGUACUGUGGAGGAACCCAUCUACAUCAUCACAGAGCUCAUGAAGAAUGGCAGUCUGCUGGAUUAUCUCCAAAAGGACAAGGGUACGCAGCUGGUAAUCUCAGACCAGCUAGAGAUGGCAGCCCAGGUGGCUGCUGGGAUGGCUUACCUGGAGCUGCAGAACUACAUCCACAGAGACCUGGCAGCCCGCAACGUUCUGGUGGGAGAGAACAACAUUUGCAAGGUGGCUGACUUUGGCCUCGCCAGAGUCUUCAUGAUGGAGAGUGACAACGUUUACGAAGCUAAAGAGGGCACUAAGUUCCCUGUGAAAUGGACCGCCCCAGAGGCCAUCCACAGUGGCAAGUUCACCAUCAAGUCUGACGUGUGGUCCUUCGGCAUUCUGCUAUAUGAGAUCAUGACCUUCGGUGGGAUGCCCUAUCCAACCAUGACCAACUACGAGGUGGUCCAGAAGCUGCCCACAGGCUACAGGAUGCCGAACCCAUUACGCUGUCCCAAGGUGAUGUAUGAGAUCAUGUCUGACUGCUGGAAGGAGAAUGAGUACGACAGACCCACCUUUGAGACCCUACAGUGGAAGCUAGAGGACUUCUUUGACCUGGAUGUGACCUCCUACGAUGACGCCAACCAUUAUUAGUACUGUACUGUAUACAGGGAUCAAUGAUGCUCUGCAUGGGUCAGCAGAGGAAAGUAGGGUAUGUCCACUGUGCCACAAGUAAUAUAAUCAAAUAUGAAGGGUAUUUCAUACUCCCAACAGUUUGUAUCUAGCAUGCAGAUAGCAUUGAUUUUAGCAUAGUUGAACUGCCCUCUCCCUGAUCACAUUAUGGUUGAAUAUCUAUUUUUUUUAGGAUUAUAUUUUGCGGUCGAACACGUGGGACCAUAUAAUGUUUGAUCAGAAAAUAUUGUUUGUGGAGGUUUAAUUUGGCUGCUCAUGUAUUGUCAUUAAAGAAAGUCCGACAUGACUAUGACUGAUAA